CGAGGCCGCGCUGCUACGGGGCCCGCGCCCGGGGCCGGCGCUCUCCGGCAGCGCCGGCGCGCCGGGGGCGCCCGCCGCGGCCAGCGGUCCCUCGGCCCCUGGCCGCGCGCCGCUGCCUCGGUUCGGGCAUGGCCGCGCUGAUCCGAGAAUUGGCGCUCCGCUGCGGUUGGCCGGAGGUGGCGUUCCUGCACCUCGACGUGCGCGGGGCCGGUCAGCUCACGGAGGCGGACCUCCGCCUGGGGCUGCUCCUCGGCGCGGGCAUCGACUUCGCCGCCGUGGCCGGGCUGACCAUCGGUGAGAUCUUCAGGGCGAUCGUCCGGCCCGGAGCGCACGCCAUCCUUGCGGCGGACCUCGCGGCAUGUUGCCCCGAGGACUGGCGGAGCCACGGCGCCCCGCGCCCCACGGCGCCCGAGCGGCUCCGCGCCCUGCCCUGGGAGGCCGCGGGCGGGGCCGCGGCGGCCUUCGGCGAGGCCGCAGCGGCCGCGGGCGCAGAGGCGCUGCAGUGGCCGGCCUUCGAGGAGGUGGUGUGCCGGCGGAUGCGUGGUUUCGAGGAGGCGGACGCUUCCUCCCUGUUCCUCGCGCUGGCGGGGCCCGGCGCGCCUGACGCUGGCCUCCGACGGACGCCGGCGCUGGCCGAGGGGGCCUGGCUCGCGGCCACGGCCGACUUCCCCGAGGCCCCUCCGGUGGCCGCCCAGCCAGACUCGGCAGCCGCCGCGACCCUACCGCGGGGGCGGAGCGGGUCACGCGGGCGCAGCGGGCGGUCGGCUUCGGGGCAGGGCCCCGUGUGGAUCGACGAGACCACGCGGAGGCAGCCGUGGCGCGGCUGAAGGAACGCAUGUGCCCAGGCGGCCGCCGCAGAGCGCCGUCCCGCGCAGCCUCCGCCGCUGCCCCUGCCAG